AUGUCCGCCCCCCACGCAGGCCGCCAAUCCCCCUCCCCCUCGCGCCAAACCGGCGCCCAGCAACAAGACCCUCCCUCCGAGGGCAAGGCGCAGCCGCAGUACGCUCCCCCCGAGCACUCGGCCCAGGACCAUGAGUCCCAGACCGCCGGGUUGACGAGUAACCCGAAGCAUCCGUUGGAGGAUAUUGAGAGUGCCAAGUUUACGAAGGGGGGGACAUUCGGUUUAGGUAUUAAUCACGAUGGGGAGAAGGUUUAG